AACGACUCGAUCAAAGACCUCAACAUAUAUAGGGAGCGGUGGUUAGUGGGCGCCUCCCUCGAGAAGUACAGGAAUCGCAAUGUGUACAUAGCCUGGUAUAACGGGGAGGCCCACCACUCGUUGCCCAUAAGUGUGAAUAUUCUGUAUAACGCACUGCUGAAAAAGUUGGUGGCUGAGAGUAAUAGUAGCCUGGUGAGACCAGAGGACGUGGGUAUUAGUCUACACCAGCAAACGUUUGAACAUUUUAACCCCCACUCAGCGUUUUUGCCGUUUUUCGGACGUGUCUAUAAUAGCAUUUUUAUACCCUUUUCGGUCUCAUUUAUCGCCGCAUUCUAUGUGUUAUUCCCGACUCAUGAAAGAGUGUCAAAGGCCAAACUACUACAACUCAUGACUGGGCUCAGUAUUAGACUGUACUGGCUGUCAAACUUCAUAUUUGAUUACGCGCUGUAUUUACUAUAUUUCUCGACAAUGUUUUUCGUGUUUCUCAUUUGGGACCGAGUUUUCCAGUACGGGCUGUACUUCUCGACCAUUUCAUCCACUAGUGAGUCCACACACACUUUUACUACCUGUCCAUUAGACUAA